AAGCAACAUUUUGCUUAAUUUCCAUACGGUCUCGCCUUCCAAUUUUAUAUUUCUAUAUGUAUAUUUUGCCAUCGUAAGAGUCGCAAAGGGGGGCUCUUUUCGAGGGACACUCCUAAUGUUAAAUGCGCCGUCGUCAUUUUCCUGUGCGUCGCGACGUCGCACUGAAACCGUAGGUGCUGCAACAUUGUGCCAGGCAAUGUGUCUACCAAUUGGUGCGAAAGAGAACAAGGGAUGAUUGUUGGAAAAUAUGUUUGCAAGUCUGUGUGUGUGUGGUGGUGGUUUCUGGAGCAUAAUCCAUUUGCGGGGGUAAAAUUGCGGAGGGGGUGCACCUCCGGGGUGAUACGUCGUCGCGCAGUUUUGGAGUUUCGGCACAGUCCCUCAGUUCAUCUUGGGUUCUCUCUUUUGCCACACACAUCAAAAGCAUUUGUAAAGUGAGUUAUGCACAAAACUUGGGGAGAUUUUUUUAGAAAGAGAUUUCUCUAGUUGUGCUGAAAGAAAAAAAAAUUAAGGAAAUGUUCUAAAGAAAAAAUUCGCAGUGGAAAAAAAAAGAAGAAGUUUGAUAGAAAAUCUUUGUCAAUUUCCGGAAAGAAAAAAAAUUGCGUGUGAGGAGAAUUCUUUUGGUGCGGUUUUUUAGACACGAUUUCUUCUAACUAACACUUUAACGGGGCAUCUCAUCGAGCGCAACGCAUCUCUGGUUUAGUCUACAUUCACAUUAAAGGAAAAAAAAAGGAAACAGGAACAGCUUCUCUCGAAUUCCCCGCCCCAUACACACACAAUUUUUUCAAAGCAUCAAAAUCAGAAUUUAAAGCAGGAGUUUUUAAAAUAAAUAACACAUCAUGUCGUCUGUUGACAAGGAGGAAUUGGUUCAAAAGGCAAAAUUGGCCGAACAGUCCGAAAGGUACGAUGAUAUGGCACAAGCCAUGAAAUCUGUGACAGAAACAGGAGUUGAACUGUCGAAUGAGGAACGAAAUCUGUUAUCGGUGGCUUACAAAAACGUCGUUGGAGCUCGCAGGUCAUCUUGGAGGGUGAUUUCAUCAAUUGAACAAAAGACCGAACCUUCCUCCAAAAAGCAACAGCUCGCAAGAGAAUACAGAGAGCGCGUUGAGAAGGAACUUAGGGAAAUUUGCUAUGAAGUUCUGGGUCUGCUCGAUAAAUAUUUAAUACCCAAGGCCAGCAAUCCCGAAAGCAAAGUCUUUUAUCUGAAAAUGAAGGGAGACUACUACAGAUAUUUGGCUGAGGUUGCUACUGGAGACACUCGCAACAGUGUAGUAGAUGACUCCCAAGCUGCGUACCAGGAUGCCUUCGAAAUUAGUAAGGGCAAAAUGCAGCCAACACAUCCCAUCCGAUUGGGUCUUGCACUCAAUUUCUCAGUCUUCUAUUACGAGAUUCUAAAUUCUCCGGAUAAAGCUUGCCAGCUGGCCAAACAGGCGUUCGAUGACGCGAUAGCGGAAUUGGACACACUCAAUGAGGACUCUUAUAAGGAUUCAACGCUGAUUAUGCAGCUCCUGCGAGACAACCUCACGCUAUGGACGUCAGAUACGCAAGGGGAUGGCGAUGAGGUGCACGAAGGGGGUGGUGAGAAUUAACCAAACAUCAGUGAGAGAGAAAAGGAUCAUGAAGAUAAAGAAGAAGAAGAAGUUAAUUCGAGUAACAACAUCAAUAAAAAUUGAGAAAAAGAUCGCGUUUUGAGAAGAAGAUGAAAAGAAAUAAAUUUUUGAUGAGACAAGAGAGUUAUAUGAUGAUGAAAAUACACCAACAUUAAACACAAAACAGCAACAACAUUUAAAAAUAUGCUUUCAAGAGAGUGAACAAGUGGUUUAAAAAAACAAAAACAGAAGCAUAAGAGUUGAGUAAGAAAAAAACAAGAAAUUUUUAAACAAAAAAAAACGGAUAAAAAACCAAUGAAAUGUUCUUCAUUUUGAAAAGGUAAGAAAAACAAGGAUUUAUAUUAAAUGAAAAAAAUCUUUUGAAGAAGCCGAAGGAUCACCCGAAGACAACACACUCAUUUUUUUUCGUUUUAUUUUAUUUCUUUUUUUUUGUUCUGGAGAAGAAACAACCAAGAGAAUUGUUUUGUUUAAUUUUUCUUUCUUUUUUAAAAAAUUUGCAUGAACUGAUUUUUUUUUUAAAUCAAUACCUUUUCAAUGAGAAAAAUCAGUUAAUAUUUUUUUCUAAAAAUAAUUUUUUCAUGGUAUUUGAUGAAGAAAAUAAGUUUUAAAUAAAAAAUGGAUGAAAUAGUAAAAUUUUUAAUGAUAUUUGUGAGAAGCAGAGAGGAAUGAAGGUUUAAAGAAGAUUUUUAAAGAAGAGAGGAUAGUAAAAUGGAGGAAGAGUGCUGCAGGUAAAUUGGAAAAGAAGGAAUAAAAGAUGAAGUAAUGUGUAAUAUUUGUAAGACAUCUGUGUACCCGGAUAAUCCUGUUUCACACCGUCACCACAAAAACACCACCCACAAAUAUCCAGAUGUGUUUUUUCUUUCCUUUUCUUUCCAUUUUUGUCGUGCAAAACAAAUUCCUUGCACGUCCUUUUCACAUUUAUUUUCAUUUUUAUUUUCUUUGCUAAUUCUUUCAAAUCACGAAAUUUCUUUUUUUUUCUUGAAUUUUUUUUCUCGCAAUUUAGCUUAAGGAGAAGAAAUUUGGAAAAUCGGACUUAUUUUGCAGUUAAUAUGAAACAAAUUAAAAGAUAAUUUCUUUAUUUUUUUGUUUUUUAUUUGUAAUAUUUUCUUUGCACGAAACGGUGAUUUUUUUAAUGGAGAGAAAAGUCCUUAAUUUUUUCCUUUACGAAAAAAUAUUUUUUUUCUCUGUGUUUUUUACAUGCAGCAUGUACAAUUUUUAAAUAAAUAAAUUUUUAAAUGGAUGAAUUUAAAUGAAGAAUAAAAAUGGAUAAUUUUUACUUGUUGAUGAAAGAAACUAAAAGAGAAAAAAAAACACAAAUCUAUAUUAAAAGUAAUUUAUAAAAAAAAAUGAAUGGUAAACUCUUCUCGUCCUUUGUACGUUUAAUCGUAAAAUGAAAAAAAAAAGUGAAAUCAUAAACACUUAAAUUUAUCUUUAAAACUAAAAAAAAAUGAAGGUGAAUAAAAACUAUUUAAAGAAAAAAAAUGGAGAAAAAAGAGAAAAUUCCAUCGUUUCUCUUUCUCAUAUUUGCAUACAUAAUACAUGGAAAAAAGGGAGGAAGAAAAAUGAAGCAUAAAAAAUCAUUGAAAAUAGUCUUUUAUCGAUGAAAGAUGAAGAAAAAAAAUUAGUAUUGCGGUUUUUUGAACCAAGACGUCACUCUAAAAUGUUAAUUUAAGGUGAAUGAAGUGAAGAAAAAAGAAAACAUUAAAAAGAAAUUGUCUCUUACAUUGUGAAAUAUUAUUAUACUAAAUUGUUUGUCUUGGACACACACACACAGAAGUAAAAUGAAAAAAACAAGCAUAAUAAUUAAAGAAGAAAUCGCUAAAAAAAAAUAAAGCAGAAUUUAUCACACAUUGAAGGAAAAAAUAUAUUUACUUGAAUAAUGCCCAAUUUUUUGAGCAAAUUCUUUUCAUUUUUCUUUAAAAAAAAAAAAGGAUUUUAAAAACAUUUCAUGGAAGGACAAGGAAUCAUUAAUUGAAUUAAAAAAAAAAAGAAAUCAAUAAUUUACAAGGGAAAGUCAUUAAGAAUAGAUUUUGAAUUUUUUUUAUUUAAUUUUUUCUCUUUAAAAGAAAUUUUUAUUAAAAUAUUUUUCAGCGCAAAUUUUCUCACUAAAAAAGCAUAAAGUUUCUGUUUUUUUUUUACUGGAACAAAAAUAAAUCAUUGAUCCUAAAAAAAAAAAGCAAAAGAAAAUCACGCAAAAACCAAUUUAAAAAACAAAAGAAAUAUUCAAAAGAAACUUCAAAAAUAAGAGAAUCAAGAGAAACAAUUUAAUAAUAAAAAAUUGCAGAAAAUUUUGACUAAUUGUCUGAUUUUUCUACUAUAAUUUUUCUUUUUGGUAAAUUAAUAUCGCUGUUUCCAUUGGUUGUAAUUCUAUAAAUGAGAAGAUGAAAAAAAAGAAGAUAUAUUUAAACUUUAAAACAAUUUUCAAACAUAAAUUUCAUGAUGUAUAACAGAAAUCAAGAAUAAAAUGAGAAAAAAAAACCAAGAAAACCCCCAAAA